AUGGCCUCUUUUAUUCAAUGGAAUAUUAACGAUUUUUAUAAACGUUCCGUUGGCAUUAACUGCAUUAUCUACGAUCUUCAACCUGCAAUACUAUGUUUCCAAGAAACCAACUUAAAAAACAACCACUGUGCAAACAUCAAAAACUACACAGGCUACUUUAAAAAUAGAACACUUGCCUUCCGGGCAAGUGGAGGAGUAGCCACUUUCAUCAAAGACACUAUCGAUAGUGAAAAUAUUUCAAUCACCUCUGAUCUCGAAGUUAUAGCAACUCUAGUCAAAUUUCAUAAACCUUUAAGCAUAUGCAACAUAUACAUCCCGGAUAGCAAAACCUUCACUAAACAACAUCUAAAGGAUAUCACUAAACAGCUUCCCAAACCUUUCGUCCUUUUGGGCGACUUCAAUAGUCGCAAUACAUCUUGGGGAUGUACUCACACAGAUCUCAGGGGCCAAAUCGUUGAACAAUUUUUAGAAGACGAAUCACUCAUCCUACCAAAUAAUAAUCAGCCGAUUAGACACAAUGUUUCAAAUGGAAACUUCUCUGCAAUAGACCUUACAAUUACAAAUACUAACUUUAGUACACUAUUCGACUGGCAAGUACUUUCUGCAUACAGCGAUAGCGACCACUGGCCUAUAGGAAUCCAGUAUCAAAACCACCUUAGUCUAAACAAAUUUUCCACAAAAUGGAAUUUUAAAAAACCUAACUGGGACCUAUUCUCCGAAAAUAUUGAAUACGAACUAACUCAAAACUCAUUGAUUGAUUUAAACCCAAAUUGUAAUCAAUUAAAAAUAGCCUCAAUAGUCAAAAAAUCCACAGACAUUAUUUUAGAAGCAGCCAACUUAUCAAUUGGGUUUAAUACACAUCAAAACAUCAAAAAAACCGUCCCAUGGUGGAAUAAAUAA